AGAUUUUGCUGGUGAUUUUUCUUGAUUUCGGAUAUCAUAUAAUUUUUUUUUUUCGUAUUCUAGUCAUUUAUACGCUCUGUUUGUGCUAGUACUAUUUUCAUUCGCAAUUAAUCUCAAAAGGAAUUAAUUUCAGAGGAAGUACAACUAAUUUUUUACCAUAUUUUUAGUGAAAAUUGAUUUUUCCACAAACCAUGUCACAUCAAACAGGAAUCAGAGCGAACGAUGCACUUAAAAAGUUAUUUACCAAAUGUCGAGAUGGAAAAAUACGAGUUUUGAAAGUUUCUAUCGAAAAUGAGGAACUAAUACCUGCUGCUUUUUCGAAAUCAAUAAACAAAUGGCAAGAUGAUUAUGAUAAGAUGAUCAAGCCACUAAUCAUUGAAAAUCAACCUGCAUAUAUUCUUUAUCGACUAGAUACUAAGUCUUCGGAUUCUGGUUAUGAUUGGUUAUUUAUUUCUUGGUCACCUGAUACUGCACCAGUUAGACAAAAGAUGUUAUAUGCAUCAACUAAAGCAACUCUGAAACAAGAAUUUGGAACUGCUUCUAUAAAAGAAGAAUUACAUGGUACAGUACCAGAAGAUAUAACAUUAGAAGGUUAUCAUAAAUAUAAAAGAAAUAAUGCUGCACCAGCACCAUUAACUACAGCAGAAGAAGAAUUAGCAGAACUUAGAAAAAAUACAGUUACUACAGAUUACAGUGUAGAAACAAGACAUCAAACAUUAAGUGGAGUUGCUUUCCCUGUGACAGAUGAGGCAAAACAAGCAAUUACAGAACUUGGUAAAGGUAUACAUGAAUAUGUUCAGUUAAAAAUUGAUUUAGAAGAGGAAAAGAUACAUUUAGUAAUGGCUUGUGAAGUUUCAUUGGAUAAACUACCAACCAAAGUUCCAUCUGAUUCUGCUAGAUAUCAUCUUUAUAAUUUUAAGCACACACAUGAAGGAGAUUACAUGGAAUGUAUAGUAUUUAUAUAUAGCAUGCCUGGAUAUAGUUGCAGUAUUAAAGAAAGAAUGUUAUAUUCGUCAUGUAAAGCACCACUUCUAGAACUUAUUCAAUCACUUGGAGUGAUUAUAACAAAAAAGUUGGAAGUAAAUAGUGGUGAGGAAUUGGCAGACAUGUUGGAAGACCCUCCAAUCAUAAAAGAAACAGCUGCAAUAACUUCUGCAACUCCAUCAACGCUCUAUGCUUCUCCUCAAUCUAUACCAGAGAAAAAGUCAAAACAGAAGAGAUCUUGUAUCUUGAGUUAACCGAUUCUACAUUCUUUGCUUGCCAUUUUUUAAUGUUUCUUAAAUGUUUAUGAAAUAUUUCAAAUGUUUUAAACAUUGAAUACUUUCCUUCAUAAAUUCUGAAUUUGUGAUAAUAUGAUAUUAAUUAAUUGAAUAUAUUAUGUAAAAUGAUGUAAUUGAUUUCUAAUAACUUCAAUAUUAGCACAACAUAGUUAUAUAGUAUAAUUAUUCUGAAGUUUAAUGUGUGCAUUUUUAUAAAGAUAAAUCUUUUAUUAAUUAGUGAUAUAUUUAUUAAUAUUUAGUAAUAAUUGGUCAAAGUGAUACAUAUAUUUAUGUAGCAAUUCAGAGUAGACCAAACAAUGUAUUUUUCUAAAUUUUAAAGAACAAAAUUGUCAUGUUAAAAUUUUAACAAAAUAUCUUUUUGAUAACUGAAAAAUUUGCAAUGCAUAUGAUUCCAUGAAAUGCAAUUCUUGUUGAUCCAAUACUGUAAUAAUGUUAAUGAAUAAUAGAUAAUUGUUCAUUCAUACAAAAAAUACCAUAAGAAAAAAAAUCAUAAAGUGAGGAUUUAAUUGCUUGACAUUGAAAGUGAAGCCUUCUAUUGUACUUUUACAUUUUUUCCCAAUAUUUUAUUAUAAUUAUAUUCUAAUAUUUAAUGAAAAGUCUCGAAAAGUUAUUUUUUUUCUUCAUAUAGUUCCUUUAAUUUACUUGUUUUAUAGUUUAUAUAAUUUUUAUACUAUUUUUAAUAUCUAUUACAAAUAUGAAAAAUAAACCCAGUGAGUUGACUGUAUAAAUUAGUUCCUAGUCUAAUAAAAAGUGAUAUAUUGUAUUUUUAAGUAAGUCAUUUUUCAUAUAUUACUAAUUUUAUUAAGUGAAACUCGAAGGCUUGACUUUCAAAUUCAUUCAAACUCAUAUGAGAAUUAGUGAUAAUAGAGGUAGAGUGUUUAAAACAAAUGUCUGUGGUAAAACUUGCAUAACUAUGUGAUUAUUAGAGAGUUAGGGAAAAUUCCAUGUGCUCUAGUUAGCCGAUGCCACUCACCUAACUUCUCUGUGAAAUAUAAAUAAGAAGAUAUAGUAGAUGAGAGAGAGUAUAGUAGAUGAUAAAUGUGCAAAUUACCGCAUUAACUUGUGGAUAUAUUUUCUUUGCACAUGAUUAUCAUUUUUGAACACAAGCUAGUGAUAAUACUAAUUACUUUAUAUACAUAUUAAAUUAUAUAUAUAUAAUUAUAUAUAUACACACAGACAUACACAUAUUAUAUAUUAUAUCAUGUUCUAUACUACUGUAAAUGAUACAAAAUAUUAGAUUUCACAAAUAUAUGUAUAAAGACUGAUCUUGGUAUGUCCCAUUGGUUGUACAAUCACAAAAAAUGAUAAUGUUUAUAUAGAUAAAUAUUUUAAAACAUCUUAUAUACACCUUGAAAUUAUUUUU